AAUGUGUUGACAACAGCGAGCACUCUGUCGCCAUGGGGACAGAACGCUCGCUGACCAGCUGCAGGCACCACAGAAAUGUCCAAAUCCCUUCAGGAGCCUCCAGGGUCCGGCCCCAAAGUCCCCGAUGACUGCAGAAGGCUGAGAAGGAUCAUUGCUGAAGAUCCUCUCUGGUCCCUGGCUCUGGUGCCCAGUCUAUCACACCUCUGCCUGAAAAGCUUCGUGAGAGACUUUGAGGGGCUGACUGUAUAUGAACAACUUUCAAACACCGAGAGAGAAUUCAUCCAGGAGAGGCUGCCUCCUUCCCUGCCCCUGAGCGUGACAGCCAAUGUGAUCGAGGAUGGCGUCUACUGGAAGCACUGCUGCAAGCAGCAGUGGGAUCUUUGUGAUGUCUCACGUUAUGGCGACAGCUGGAAACGAAUGUUCUUUGAGAGGCGCCUGGAGGGCGUGAUUGAGCUUUUCAUUCCAGGUGUAACAGAGCCAAAGAAGAUCCUGGAGAUGGUCCCGCUCUGUGAGAACUACGUCAAGAGGCUGGAUAUCUCCCAGCUGCUGACGCCCAUCAGGGAGCCCAAGAAGGUGGAGGAGGAGGAGGAGGAGGACAAUAUCCUGGGUUUGGAAAUUGAUGAUGAAUAUGAUGGACCCCAGAUGAACCACUUCGACUUCAGCAUCUUGCUUGAGAAGCUGACCUGCCUGGAAGAGCUCCACGUGGUAUACAGAGUCAAACAAUGUGGUCUGAACUAUGAAGGGAGGAUGUUUGAGAUGAACUACAAAGACUGUGUGUCCCUCGCCAAGGCCCUUAAGUCCUGCAAAACUUUGAAGCUUCUGCGGCUCCAUCAAAGCAACAUUGAUGACACGAAGGUCCAGAUGCUGGUGAAACAACUCCUGGGCCACCAGUCUCUGAGGGAGCUCGACUUUUCUCACAACGUGAUCGGAGACGUCGGCGCCGGAGCUGUCGCCAAGCUGCUCACCAAGAGCAAACUGGAGGUCCUGAACAUGUGUGACAAUGAGAUCACAGACCCGGGGGCCAAAGCUAUAGCUCAGGCCUUGUCUAAGAAUUCCACUCUCGUGUCACUUAACCUGCGUCUCAACCGCCUGGGAGACGAGGGAGGUCGAGCCAUAGCCGAGGCCUUGAUGAACAACAUCACCUUGCGUCACCUGCACCUGGGAGCCAAUGAGGUGACGGGCCCCACCGCCAUCGCUCUGGCUAAAGUGAUAGCUCAGAAUAACACGCUGAAGAGCAUCAAUCUCUCCUGCAACAACCUUGGCGAGGAUGGAGGUAAAGCUCUUGAGGAGGCGAUGUCUCACAACACCAGCGUGACGGAGUGUGACAUCCGCCUGUCCGAGGUCGACGAGCAGAUCGUGUCCUCUAUCAACCAGGUGGUUUGGACCAAUCAGGGUUUAGGACAAAAAGGAUAGAGCUGGAGUGAAUGAAACCAAGUAGAAAUUGAAGGAUCCUCUUCGAACAAAUCAGUCUUAAUCCUUUCUUUCUAUUCAAAUCACUGUUCAGCCACAUUCUACAGUAAAUUCAAUCCUCUGGUGUGGUCUGCUUAUUCAUUUUGUUGUUGUGUUAAACAAAGACUGUGUAUAAAGACGGUUGAUAUGUUGGAUAACUAAAAGCCAACAUGUCUGAUCGCCCCCUGGUGGCUGGCUGCAGUAUAGACCACCUCCUCCAUGUUAGCAAAGUGGACAUGGACCAAAAUCCAAAUAUAUGUACAAUACAUAAAUUUGAUGGUUUCAGUCAUUUUUGGUAGUUUGGUACAAUUGCUAAAUGUAGCGUCACAUUAAUUUCUGACACAUAUUUCCGUGAGCAUUUCAGUUUAUUGAAGAGUUUAUUCCAAUUUGAUACACAGAUUUGGUAUUCAGUCCAUAUGUAACAUCAAGGCAUCAUUGUGGUGUUGGAAUACAUACAGACUUGCGUUGUUUUUAUUUCCACCUAUAUCUACUAGCUAAUAAUGUAACACCCUUGCUAGGCAGCUACAAACAAAUCGUUAGUGUAAUCUAUGUCCCAGUUUUUAACCUUACAAAAAUCACUAGUUCUAUAGAUCAUUAGAUGAGAGACAAAGCUAAUCUGUAGGUUCAUGGUGAACUAAUUUAGCAAAAUGUCCAUCUACAAUUACUGACGGUCUUUAUAUCAGUAAUCAAUAUCAACAUCCCUCAUAAUGUGUACUGCAUAUGUUUAUGUGAACGUUGGACUGUAAAUAAAGAUGGCCGACAUGA